GAAGUUACAUGUUUGUUGUUUUGUUUGUUUAGAUGCAAUGGUUUAUCCAUUUUAUCGAUCACCUUUCGGUGACACAACGUUGACGAAAGUGUUUGUUGGGGGAUUGGCUUGGGAGACCCCAGCUGAGAAAAUGCGCUGUUACUUUCAACAGUUCGGAGAGAUUCUUGAAGCUGUUAUCAUCAGUGAUAAAAACACUGGCAAAUCUAAAGGAUAUGGCUUUGUCACUUUUCGUGAUCCUGAAUCAGCUAGGAAGGCUUGCGUUGAUCCAAAUCCUGUAAUCGAUGGAAGAAAAGCCAAUUGUAACAUUGCGUCACUCGGAAGGCCUAGACCUUCACCGCCACGAGGAAGAAUUCAAGGUACUAACCCUUAUCAGGGUGUUGUACAGCAAGGUGCACCGUCUUAUAGUGGAGUUGCAGCACCAGUGCCGCCGCCGCCCCCUACUGUCUUUUUAUCCGCUAUAUGGGUACCCAACUUACAGUGCUGAAUAUGGGUAUCACCAAGUAAGUGAUCGAACCUCUUUC